UCAAUCUUCAAUAGCAAUGAGAAGGAGACCAUGCAAUUCUUGAAUGACUGUCUGGCCUGCUACCUGGAGAAAGUGAGAUUACUGGAGCAGGAGAAUGCUGACUUGGAAUAUAAAAUCCAAGAGUGGUAUGAAGGUCAAACCCCGUGUGUAUAUACUGAUUUCAGCUGUUACUAUAAGAUGAUUGAGGAGCUCCAGCAACAGAUCUGCUGUGCUAAAGCUGAUAAUGCCAGACUCUGCCUGGAUGUUGACAAUCUCAAAGUGGCUUCUGAUGACUAUGCUACCAAGUAUGAAUACAAACAUGGGCUUUCCGAGAGUGCCAAGGCAGACGUCAAAAGUCUGCGUAGAAUUCUGGAUGACCUGACCCUGUGCAAGGCUGACCUAGAGACAGAGCUUGAGGCCCUAACAGAGGAGCUCCUCUGCCUCAGGAAGAACCAUGAGGAAGAAGCUACUCCACUUUGACAUCAGCUUGGUGACCGUAUCAAUGUAGAGUUAGAUGCAGCUCCAUCAUGUGACCUGAACAAGGUCCUGGAGGAGAUAAGAUACCAGUACGAGACCUUAGUUGACAAGAACCAAUGUGACGUUGAGGGCUGGUACCACACACAGAUGGAGGAACUGAAUAAGGAGGUGAUCUCCAAUGAAGAACAGCUGCAGGGCUGCCAAAAUGAGAUCAUUCAGCUAAAACCCACUGUUCAGGCUCUGGAGAUUGACCUGCAGACCCAGCACAGCCUGAAUACUGCUCUGGAAAGCACCUUGACAGAUACUGAAACCCGCAAUAGCCACCAGCUGUCAGAGCUCCAGUGUCUGAUUAGCAACAUGGAGGCGCAGCUUGCAGAACUUCCGUCUAACAUACAACACCAAAACAGCGAGUACAAGGCCCUCUUGGAUGUGAAGAGCCAGCUGGAUUGUGAGAUUAGUGCUUACCGUAGGCUACUGGAUGAAGAGGACUGCAAGGCAUAUCACACAAGUGAUACACAGACACAAAGCUGCUGAUAGUAAGUACCCAUCUAUACAAAGAUCUGCCAAUAGGAUUAGAAAUAAUGUUUUAAAAAUAAAAAGGCCCUCAGUGUUUUAUGUACCUUACCUGUAUAGUUAAGGAAGUCUUUCUGGAUUUCUUCAGAAUUCCCUUUUAGCUGAGGCACAGAUCAACCGAAAGGAUUAGUGAAUUUUCUAAAGCACACUUUCUUCUGCUGAAAUUGCUGUUUCACUUGGAGAUUAGUUCAGAAAUGUGCAUCACUCAUGUGCAUCAUUUCCAACUUGGAUUCUUCCACA